ACGCCCGACCCCCAACCCGGCCAGCGCGCUUACGUUCCGAUGCACACCGCGCCACCGGAAGUGGCCGGGCCCGAGGCGGAGGGACCGGCGGAGCGGAAGUCACUCCGUGAGGCAGUGGCGACGACGGGAGGAUGAACAACAAGUUCGACGCAUUGAAAGAUGAUGACAGUGGGGACCAUGAGCAGAAUGAAGAAAACAGCGCACAGAAAGAUGGUGAGAAGGAAAAAACGGAACGAGACAAGAGUCAGAGCGGCGGCAAGAGGAAGGCUGUUGUCCCUGGCCCGGCAGAGCACCCCCUGCAGUACAAUUACACUUUCUGGUACUCCAGGAGAACCCCCGGCCGUCCCACCAGUUCGCAGAGCUACGAACAGAAUAUCAAACAGAUCGGCACCUUUGCCUCCGUGGAGCAGUUCUGGAGGUUUUACAGCCACAUGGUACGUCCCGGGGACCUGACAGGCCACAGUGACUUCCAUCUCUUCAAAGAAGGAAUUAAACCCAUGUGGGAGGAUGAUGCAAAUAAAAAUGGUGGCAAGUGGAUUAUUCGGCUGCGGAAGGGCUUGGCAUCCCGUUGCUGGGAGAAUCUCAUCCUGGCCAUGUUGGGGGAACAGUUCAUGGUUGGGGAGGAGAUCUGUGGGGCUGUGGUCUCUGUCCGGUUUCAGGAGGACAUUAUUUCCAUAUGGAAUAAGACUGCCAGCGACCAAGCAACCACAGCCCGAAUCCGGGAUACGCUUCGGCGAGUGCUUAACCUACCUCCCAACACCAUUAUGGAAUACAAAACCCACACCGACAGCAUCAAGGCCUGGGAGGAGUUUCAUGGCCUGGUGAACAGCAGCGGCCGCUGAUCGGACGCUCCCCCUCUGUCUCUCACUCAGGGGACAAUUCAAGCUUUCGAAAUACAAAAAUCACAUUGUGAAAGUCCACCAGCUGGCAAUAAUCCUUUGCUGUAUGUGUGUGUUUGUCCAAAAUGGAUGGGAGGUCUCCAGCUGGGCCUUCCAUCUGCUCACUGAAGGGACAUCCCUGAGCUGUGUGCUCCCUUUUGCACUCUUUCCUGGAGGACGGAUUCUACUAGACACCCUCCAGCAUCGCGGACUUUGUAAAGUGGAGAAACAGCAAACGUGACUUUGUAAUAGACACACUUUUUUUAAUGGGUUUCUGUGGGGGGAGUUCAGCCUUUUGUUUUGCUGUGCGCUGUCCGGAUGCCUCUUGGGCCUUCUGUCGCGCUCUUUGCUGUACGAAGGGCGUCGUCACCACGUGUACAAGCCAGAGCUGUCAACUGAGAAUUAUCAGUGUUAUGAAUGUCUGCGCAUCCAGGAAGAGCUUUUUGUUCGAGAGUCUCGGAAUAGCUGUAAAUGCUCUCUUCUAGCUCUGCCAUUAAAUUAUUGGGACAUUUUGUUUAUUUCACUCCCCUCUUCCCCAAAGCCCACCACUUUCUGAAAAGGUGUUACUGAUUUUGCGUGGUCUCCUGCCUUAUGCCCUCCAGCCUUCCCUCUUCCUGUGGGACUCUCUUUCUUAGGCACUGCUGCACUUAGAAUUGCAAUCCAGUGGGCCACAUGCGUUUCACUGAGGUGGCUUAGAAGGUAUGACUGUAAUUAAGCUGGAGCAGAAUCCAGUUGGUUAGGAGCGAGGUUCCAAGUGUAGGCUUUGGAGCGGAGGGCGAGCAGGGCCUGUGCGUCCCGCCUGUUUCUGUGGAUUCUUGCAUGCCCCUCAUUGAAGAAGAAGCAGAAGCUGGUUGUUGGCAGGUAUUAACAUGUAAUGUGGUAAAUUCUGUGAUCCUGAAACUGGGACACCUGAAGACAAGGUGACCGUGAUGGGCAGCUUUCUUUGCGUGGUGUGCCUGUCUGCAGGGCUUGGACACACCUGCUUUCAGCCCUCAGCUCCUGGUACACAUGUUAGCACAUGUGUAUACAUGUUAACACAGGACGCCCACAGAAACCUCUUGCAGGCUACUGCAGGCAUGCUUUAGAAAUGACCAGGCGUGCCUCCACGGAGCUGGGGACCUGACUCAGGAGACCUGAUGUCAGAGGAAUCCAAGAGCACCUCGGAUGGAAGGAAGUGCUAAGCACCAGUCCUUAGCAACGUCCAGGGAGCACCGUCAUACUUGGCUCUUGUGAGCAGAGAUCGAAGUACCUUAAAUUAAGGUCUCUCCUAAAACCUGUCCUUGCAGGCUGGCCAGGAGGCCUUAGCCACCUGGUCUCAGAGAAACUGUACGAGAGUAGCAGGCAUUUCCUUACUGUAUUUAUAUUACUCUCCUCCUACUUCCAACUCCUCAACACCCUGUAAUCACCACUGGCUCGGGAUGCUGCUGCUUAAAAGAACGGGGGUAUAGAGGCCAAAAGGGGGGUGCUUCCAUUAGAGGUGAAGUGAGAGCGGAAAAGAUCUCGCAGUGAUUUAAACUCCAGGAAUAUGAAGAACAAAUUCUAGACAACUGGGAAGGACUCGGGCAAACACAGGCGCAGCAUCGGCCAACGUGGGGGCAAAGGCUGCCUCCCGAGGCCUGUUUAGACCCCAGGGAGGCCUGCACUUUUGCCACACUCAGAUUGGCCAUGAAAAUUCCAAAGAGAGCAGAUGUGUGGAUUUGCCCUCCUUUGGGCAGCUCCCUAUUGUGUGUGCUAUGGGUGCACGUGUGCAUAGUGUGUUCACAAGUGAGGGUUUUGUCAUGCCCAGUGCUUAGGUGUAUUGUCCAUAUUCAUGUUUUUGCUUUUUUUUUCCUUUUCGGUCUCAUUUGUUCAGAUUUUUUAAUCCGUUGUGUUUUCUACAGCUGCUCAUCCUUCCCCUUCCUUCCUCUUUGUCAUUGCAGUAUUUGAAGGUUGUCGUCGUCGUUGUUUUUUCCCAUCAAAACUAUGCUGACCCUAUGCCGGUUAGAAGCGGAGUUAUUUCUGUUAGGCAGCAUCUUGUCCCCAGAGCGCCCCAGAGAUUCUGCCCGACAGCUUUCAAGGGGAGGCUGAAGAGUCAGUUUAUCCACACCAUCCAUUUUCCAAACUAGCUGGAGAGGUCUUUUCCUUUCUUACUCCAUAGACCUGUGCUUCGCUGAGAUGUGACCCAGUUAUGGUCGUGGUGUCACCUGUUCUGGAGAAAAUGGGAAAAGGCGCACUAGGGCCAACCUAACAAACAUGUACGUUGCUGCCGGGAGACGGGGCGUCACUUCCCACUUUGCACAGGCCGGCUGUUCCCAUGACCCUCUGCUCAGUGUUCCAUUUGAAAGGGGCCCCUCUCUCCAGUGCUCUUCUCCUCGUAUCCUUCUGUUCGUGUGUGCGUGUGUUUUCCCUGUGACAUUGGCACUGGCAAGAACUUUCCACCCAGAGAGACUUGCGGUCCACGGUGCUCUUAAGAAUGAAUUUCCCAGUAUUUGCCAGAGGAGGAGCGGAGGCUGUGGCAGGAGUGACGCAGUAUUGCACUUUGAGAGCAAUUGUCUGCUGCCGUAAAUAAAUGGAAAAUAUC